CAGGUGACGAUGAAGACACCCGUUUACUGACGCUCUCCUCUAAAUGAUGCUGACAUCUAGAACUCUUAACCUAAAACUAUGCCAUGGGCGGAGGAAGAUAGACUUUGUCCAUGACUCAAUCCGACAUAAAGCUCAAGUCAUGCUUCCAUUGAAAAGAUCGAGUGCUGAUCCGUAAGCCUCAUCUUUGGAAAUACAGUUUUACCAUGCGGACGUUCCCGGAGGAGAAGUCAGCAUGGUAGAACGUGUGAGAAAUUUCAUAGCCCAAUUUUCAAACACUAGAAAUCAUUUACGUAUACCUUGAUUUUGAUCUUACAAACUGGACUUGUUAAAGAAUAGUAUUCAAGAAACCCUUUACCAGUAAAAUAUAACCGGUCAAGGCAUUAGAGUGGAGCCUCUGUUGCAGCUUAUUUUAUGGAUGUAUAGGAUGGGUCCACUCCUUUUGUCUUCGCAUUAUUUUGGGUACUGCUUUAUUUUAUUCGUUAGCUAUGUCCACCAGGUUAAAGUCAUGUCUGCCAGUCCAAAAUGGCCAAGGUCCCAAUCUAAACGGUCCUUGAACAGCCCUGAAUUGAACGUCAAUGACGACGCAGAUCAAAAUAUAUCGUCGAGCAGUUCACCCAGCAUGAACCCGAAUUCGUUAACAUCCAUGCGUAAAAAGGCGGCACAGAUGCUAAGCACUGAUAACCUGAGAUCCAUAUCACAACUACCAGACGGUGAGAGUGAGCAGGAUUGGGUUACCGUGAACUUGCUGGAGUUCUUUCAACAUAUUAUGGCACUCUAUGGAACGAUAUCAAGCUACUGCACGCCGUCCUUAUGUCCCUCCAUGACAGCAGGACCCAAUUACGAAUUCUUUUGGGCUCAGGAUGGUAAAAAGCCGAUCAAAGUAUCAGCGCCUCAUUAUACGGAGCUUCUCCGCUCUUGGGUCAUAAGGAGUCUACAAGAUGAUCACCUCGUACCAGACCACCCCGGUGAAGAAUUCAGCAAAGACUUUAUGAAGAAAAUCUCGCCUAUUUACAAGCGACUGCUUCGCAUUUAUGCCCACAUUUACCAUUCUCAUUUGGAACAAAUCCAAGCACUGGAUGAACGACUGGCUUUCGACAUAAGUUGCAAACAUUUUAUAGUAUUUUCCAAAGAAUUUUCCCUCAUUGAUCAAAACUCCUUAGCCCCGCUGUCUGAUCUCAUUGCAUCAUAUGCCAUUUAGGCAUACCAUGCGUUUAUCUCAUGUACAUACAACCUUUGACCUUUUUCUUUCUUUGUGUUAAGGAAUGACAUACCGUAAUAUCCUUAAACAUGAUCAGGUGUUACGCUGGUUGUUCUUCAUUUUUGGGUUUUCUGGGAGAGGGGAUAACCUACCCACCGAAAGGGGGAAGGUCAAUGAAAGUAUUGAAUUUGCUCCCUGUGGCAGAUGAAUAGACUACCACCACCACCACCACCACUGGGGAUAUUGGACGUCGGUAGAAAGCGAAUGUGUAUCAAAAACCUGCAUAUCUAUAAGUCCUCCUGAUUUCCAUCUGAAAAAUGGGUAGAAGGUGCCGAAUGAGCCGCGAAUUCUUGUCGACACCCUCACCUACGG